AUGGGAAAGAGAAACCAACACAUGGAGGAGGAGAUUUACGCAGAGCCAGUCCACUUUGAACAUCUCGAUGCUCCUCCACGUGCUAGAACCGCCAAGGAGAUGACAUUUGACAGCUUGGGAGAAUUCCAGAAAUACAUCAAGGAUGAAUCUGGAGACAACGAGUUUGAUUCGUUGAAUUUGCAUGUUAAGUACAUGCCUCCUUUCAUUGCCAACCAGAUUCAUGGCAAUGAUGAAAAGAUCAAGCCUCAGAUGAAUUCUUUGAACAAGAAGUUCAGAAGACAUUUGCAUCAUCAUGUUAAGAGACAUUUGCUUCCAGAAAUUAGCAGAAUGUCUGGCAUUGAUUACGACUUCAAGAAAGUUAAUGAGGGUUUCUCUCACAAUCUCUAUGGUACUACUUCCGAAUACAAGUGGCAGUUUAUGGAUGAUUCAAACCAUGGAUUUGAUGAGAAUGAAUACUCAAAGAGAAACCACUGGAAGGUCGAAGUCGAAGUCGAGUCCGACUCAAAUGGCCCUUACGUCAAUGUCGACUUCAAGGCUACUUCAUUGAACAAUCAGCCAGAAGAAGAGUAA